UGAUAAACCACGUGAUGCACGUCAGCCUGCCCUCUGGUUUGAUGGGCUGUGCUGUGGCUAGUGGAGAUAAGAGUUCACUAUAUAAACCCAGGAGUCUGAUACAUCACCAAAGCUUCCAGAAGAGCAACAGAGAACAUGUCUACAUACGCUCAGGAGGCCAAGGAAGAUCUUCCUCACAUAAACAAGUACAAGGACAAGAUUAUCAGGGCUGCUAACAAUUGUAAUGUGCAGUCUUCUGUCGUGGCUGGCAUCAUCUCCAGAGAGACACGCGGAGGUAGAGGGGCAGGUCUCGAUUCUAGAGGCUGGUCAUCCGGCGAGGAAAACUUUGGACUAAUGCAGGUUAACAGAAUCCACUCACCUGAGGGUGGGUGGGACAGCCAGGAACAUAUCGAGCAAGGAUGUAGGAUUCUAAAAGGCUUCAACCAACACUUUGAUGAAAAGUGUCCUAGUUGGAGCGCUGAGCAGAAGCUGAAAGGAGCGCUGGCUGCCUACAACAAGGGUACAGCAACAAUGGAUUACAACAACGUGGACGGUCACACUGAUGACAAGAACUACUCUGCUGAUGUCCUUGCCAGGGCCCAGGUCUUUCAGAGGAAUGGGUAUUAACUCUGAGAGCUGCCCCACUUCUCAGUUAAAGUUCAAUUUAAACAGCAAAUAGCCUUGGCAUGAAGUAGAAUUAGACAACACUUACUUUUCAUUUGUACUCACUACCUGAGAAUCCUGAAUCCACCUUGUUGGGGUGACAGUGGCGCAGGAGGUAGCGAAGUCGUUUAGUAAUCAGAAGGUUGCUAGUGCGAUUCCCUGUUGAAGCGUCCUUGAGCAAGACACUGUACCCCUAAUUGCUUAUGAUGUGCAGUGUAAAAUGUGUAUACAUCCUUGUAAGUCGCUUUGGAUAAAAGCAUCUACUAAAUGUAAAAAUGUAAACCUUAAAAAUAUGUCACAGUAUCUUGUGAUUGUCUUCUCGACUGUGUGGCAAAUUACACAUUUUUCCAUGCGAUUCCACCGGAAUCUGAUUGAUUGAUAUCUGUGUCUCUUUAAAAUGGAAUUUUCAUAAAGUGGACAAAUGCAUUUCUGCAUUAAAGUAACUACAAUGAUAUGUGAUAUGAUGAGGUGACUGUUAUUUGCAGCGUGUAUCAGUGCAUCAAUAAAGCCAUCAGUCCAGUAUACAUAA